AUGUACCCCUUUGCAAUGCAAGAAAGAUUUAGAAGCUCUGAACAGUAUCAAUCCCUCUUUCUUUUGAUGAAGUUUAACAUGCUUUUGGAUUUUCUGGGACUCCUAAGGGAAUCCCACAAGCUUUUCUUCCGAAAUGGGAAGGCCAUGUCCUCCCUCACCCUUCUCAUAAUACUUGUUACUUCUUUCCUGUUGGUGAUUCAUAUCUACUCCCUCAAACCAAUAAUUACUGAUAUUACAAUCAAGGCAAACUUCCUGGCAGCUACAAGUCCCACUGGCGCUGAAUUCGCUCGUCUUCUAACUGCCAUGAUGUACGACUUCAGAGUAUAUCUUGGACUACAAUGGAUUUUCAUUUUGGGGUUCUCUUUUACCUCAUUCUAUUUUGCAACAGCCUCAAUCUUAGCAUCAGCAGUAUCAUACUGUGGAAAUGACUUGUCCAUCAAGGAACUUCUACCAAGGGCACUGAGGUCACUGAAAAGACCAUUUGUUACAUGGUUUUACAUAACACUGCUUGAUCUAGGCUACUUAUCAUUUCUCUUUGCAUUUGUUUUUCCUUUAGUGCUGAUUUUCAAUCUUAAGCUCACCAUAUCUGCUUUCACUAUAGUCGCAUCCAUUCUAGCUCUAGUUGUCAGAACUUAUCUCGCUGUUGUGUGGAACUUAGCACUAGUUGUUUCGAUACUAGAAGAAAAAUGUGGCAUUGAGGCACUUGGGAAAGCUGGACAGCUUAUUAAGGGAUCAAAGCUACGAGGGUUUUUUCUGAAUCUUGUUAUAGCCACUGCCUCGUCGGUGUUAUUUGUUUUGUUUAGGACUGUUGCUAAAGCUAUGCCAAUAAAAGCACUGAUAAUUCCACUGCUCCUGUUAAAUUGUAUCAGCUGCCUCAUAACUAUGGUCUUGCUAAUGGCAUCCACAGUCCUGUACUAUGAGUCCAAGGCGAUUCAUGGAGAAGAGCUUGAACUGCAAGGAAGCUUGGAAUAUGCUAAGGUUUCCUCUGCUACCCCUCUUAUCAAUGCAGAUGCAGUUUGA